AUGAACACACUUGACCCUGACGUAGCUGUACUUCUUAAUGGUGAUAGCAGUAAUGAUCCUAGCAGUGUUCCUAAAACAGAGCCAACACCAUUACCAACCCCUAAUGUCUGUCAACGUUGUCAUUCAUUAAGACAUCAACAACAUCCUACUGCAACCGAAUCAACACUUGAAUUCCUACGAGAUUCUCAACAAUACGGUGGUUCAUUAGAGUUUUUAAAGACAAAACGAGAUCCAUUGAUUGUUACUGUGUUUGAUGUAACAGAUUUACCUGCGUCAUUAGGUGCAUUACCAUCACUUAUUGCCCAAAACCCAACAGCUCGUGUCUUGUUGGUUGCAAAUAAAGUAGAUGUAUUACCUCGUUCAGCAAUUCAACAUGAAAACCGAAUCCGGGAUUGGAUUAUGCAAUAUGUGAAAUCCUUGGGAUUGUCUACAAAGCAAAUUUUGUCAGUCACUUUAACGAGUGCAACAAAAGGAUGGGGAAUUUCGAGCUUGUUACGUAAAAUUGAUGGAGAAAGACGUGUGACGGAUGAUGUGUAUUUGAUAGGAUGCACAAAUGUAGGUAAAUCAGCCAUUGUUAAUAAACUAUUAUCACAGGCUUAUCGAGGCCAAAGUGAAGAGGGACGCCAUCAAAAGUUAACAUUGAAAGCCCAAUAUGCGACUACAAGUUCAAGUUUACCAGGUACAACUCUAAGCACAAUAAAAAUCCCUCUGCGUGUUUUA